CAUGUAGGAAUGUUAUAGUGUGGUGCAUGUGAAAUCUGCUCCUAAACAUGUUCCUAACAUUACGUGGUUUUGUAGCGGAUCUGUUUGUAGUUUACCCCUCCACACAGAUGUUGGUCUCAAUCUCUCUCUCUCUCUUUCAGUGCGGAAAAAGGUAUGAAGCUCAGUACACCCAUCAUCUCGGCGGGGAGCUUCGGUACCUCUUGCGACUACACGCUCAACCUGCAGCGCCUCCUGCCUCCAGCGCGCAAGAUCUCUGACUUUUUCACCCUGUUCUGGGAAGAGAACAACAAGAUCAAACCCCGGUGGGAGACGGCCUAUAUUUACAAGAAAGAGAGCAACACUGACGACUGCUUAUGGUAUAUAAAUGCGUUGGAUGCUGGCAGUUUUUCCCAAGAUAUUCAAGCUACGUUGCUGCACAAACCAGAGGUACUAAGAGAAGUACUUACAUCACCCAAAAACAGGACAAGCAAUGUGUUCAUCAUAUGUGGAUCACCGAUGGACAUACUGAAAGCGAAAAAUGGCACCAAGGAAGCAGACAGCAGUGACGUUCUCUUUCUCCUUAUUGAUCUUUACAAUGAUAAAUACUACACCAACACGUCGUCAACGUCCUCCAUGAAGAACGUCUUGGUGCUGACGAUGCCCAACACCAGAAACUACACUAUCAGCACAGACCUAGCAGGCAACAACAUGAUGAACGACUACAUGGCCGCGUACCACGAUUCGGUGCUGCUGAUAGGCCAGGUGAUGAGAAAAAUUCUUGAAAAACCUCAGGCGGAGCAGCAGAUGGAGUAUGUCAAUGUGAAUUACUUCAGAAACAUCUCCUUUACUGGGACUGCUGGAGACUACAAGCUGGACAAGCACGGAGACAGAGACGUCAAUCUCACAGUCAUAUACACCACUUCAGACAACAAGUAUCAGAUUUUAUUCACAUUCGACACCGAGUACAACCGAACCAAAGUGAUCGAGUCAGACCCUGUCUUCAUCUGGGGAAAGAGGCUACCUAACUCCACACCAGACGAAGACUCUACAUCUUAUGACAUAAUUCUCAUCGUGCUGGGUGUUACAGUGGUUGUGGUGGCCACCAUCGCCUUCAUUUUCUACAGUCAGAACAGGAGAGACCGUCUGCUCAGGAAGCGCUGGUCCCACAUCUCCUUGGAUCUCAUCACGCUGCUGGAGACCAACGAACUCAAUGUCAUCUCUCUUAAGAUUGAAGACGAGAGGAAGAAAAGGGAUUUCAAGAUCCGCCGUGCAUACUACGAUAAGAAGAUUGUGAUCCUGAAGGAGCUGAAGCACUCAGACGGGAACUUCAGUGAGACCCAGAGGAUAGAAAUGAACGCGCUCCAGCAAAUCGACUAUUACAACCUCACGAAGUUUUACGGCACGGUCAAGUUCGAUCAGGGUGUGUUCGGCGUGUUCGAGUACGGAGAGAGGGGGUCCCUCAGGUAUGUGCUGAAUGACAAGGUUUCGUACCCUGAGGAGACCUUCAUGGACUGGGAGUUCAAGAUCUCCGUCAUGUACGACAUCGCCAAGGGCAUGUCCUACCUCCACACCAGUGACAUCCAAGUGCAUGGCCGCCUCAAGUCCACCAACUGUGUGGUGGACAAUCGCAUGGUGGUGAAGAUCACAGACUUUGGCUGCAACACCUUCCUUAGCCCCGGCAGAGACCUGUGGACCGCUCCAGAGCAUCUGAGGAAGGAGGGCACCUCUCAGAAGGGAGACGUGUACAGCUUUGCCAUCAUCUCUCAGGAGAUCGUUCUCAGAAAGAGCACCUUCUACACCGAGUGCUGCUCCGACCGAGCAGCAAAGCUGUCCAAGGUCAUCACGUCCUACUUCAGACCUGAUCUUGACUCUGACGCAGCUUCAGAGAAAGAACUGGAAGUGUACACGCUGAUAAAAAGCUGUUGGGAUGAGGAUCCAGAAAAGAGACCUGACUUCAAGAGGAUAGAAAACUGUCUGGGGAAAAUCAUCAGCAACAUUCAUAACCAGGACAACGAGAGCUACAUGGAUAACAUGAUCAGACGGCUGCAGAUGUAUUCCAGAAAUCUGGAGCACCUGGUGGAGGAGAGGACGGCCCUCUACAAAGCUGAGAGGGACAGGGCAGACUGCCUCAACUUCAUGCUGCUUCCUGGUCCAGUGGUGAAGAGCCUGAAGGAGACCGGUGUGGUGGAGCCAGAGCUGUACGAGGAAGUGACGAUAUAUUUCAGCGACAUCGUGGGUUUCACCACUCUGUGCCAGUACAGCACACCGAUGGAAGUCGUGGACAUGCUCAACGACAUCUACAAGGGCUUCGACAGCAUCCUCGACCACCACGAUGUGUACAAGGUGGAGACGAUUGGUGACGCCUACAUGGUGACCUCUGGGCUUCCAAAGCGCAAUGGUAACAGGCACGCGGUGGAUAUCUGCCGCAUGGCGCUGGACAUCUUGGCCUUCAUGGGCACCUUCCAGCUCCGACACCUGCCUGGCAUCCCUGUGUGGAUACGCAUCGGCGUGCACUCGGGUCCCUGUGCAGCAGGUGUUGUGGGGAUAAAGAUGCCCAGGUAUUGUUUAUUUGGAGACACAGUCAACACGGCGUCUCGCAUGGAGUCUACAGGACACCCCCUGCGGAUCCACGUCAGUCAGCCCACUAUAGACAUCCUGCAGAGGACAGACUGCAAGUUUGAGUAUGAGAUGAGAGGAGAAACGUACCUGAAGGGUAAAGGAACAGAGACAACCUACUGGCUGACAGGUGAGACGGGCGAAGAUUACGACCUCCCAACUCCACCCACAACGGAGAACUUCCAGCGGCUCCAGCAAGACCUGGCCCACAUGAUCCUGGCGUGUCUGGAGCGCCGCUCUCGAGCCUCUGUGAGGAGGAAGAAGCCGCUGUCAAGUCAGGGCCAGGAGGACGACAAGGACCAGGAAUCAGAGGUGGAGUCAGAGAGCGACCACCAACUGGAGUACCUGCAUAUGGCCACUGUGGAUAACACCCUCAGUACCUUCCUAUAGUGCAAACCUACUGCGGAGUACAUCAAGUAGCCAGCGGGUAGGCAGAGAGGGAGGAAGGGACUGUAGCAUUGAAUACUACAAAUUAAAAUACACAGACUACAAAAUAAUUGCCUUUUUAAAACCUAAAAGUCUCAGUGAGGGUAUACAUUAGGUCUGCUCGCUCUUCGUUGGUCAGGAUUGUGUAAAAUGUGAAAGGUAUCUGCUUGAUCUUCAGGAUAUACUUAUAGAAACCUAGAAAUUAGAAAUCCCUGCCUUGUCCUUAUGCUGUUUAUUGAAUCUGUGGUUAGAAGCUUAACGACAGGCAGAGGUGUGAAGACAACAGGGACGUCACCUGAACUGAUCAGCCACUGUUUGUUUAAGUAUGUAUUUUAUUUACUGCUUGGUCUAAAACUGGGCCAUGUGGAGCGUAAAGCACCCUGGGCAACAUGAGAGACAAGAUAGUGCAGUUAUUCCCAGUGCUGAAAUUCUUCCACCCUUUUGGGAGGAAAUGGUGAGUUUAAAUGAUAUCUGAUAUAUUGGUCACUCUUUAAAAAAACGACUUUUUGUCCAGUGAUGUUAUUUUGCAAAAAUAUGUGAUUCUGAAUUGUUUUCAUCACAUUGUGUGAAAUCCUUAAUAUGUCCAGUUUUUACUCAGCAGUUAUAUUUUUAACAAUCUUAAAUGCUGAAAAGUUAAACCAAACCAAGGAAAACAGGAGCAGGAAGGACAAAGCUGGCAGAGGUGUGGAACAUGACGAUGAAUGGAAAGAGACUGCAAACAAAACCAAUGCCAGGUUUCAAAUGUGAAUAACAGACUUAAACAAUCUUACUCUAAAUUACACAUACUGCUUCAGAUAGUGUGUCAUUCAUCAUGACGGUAUGUACUCACCUCUGUCUGCUACGGGAUCAACUCUUAAUCAGCUGAGGAGACCUUUGGAGCUCCCUUUUUAAGAGCAUUUUUUUAGUCACAAGUAAUUUGAUAAAUAGUGUGAGAAAUGUUUGUUCUUGUACUGGUUACUCUGUAUGCAUUUAUAUUGUUUCUGCAUGCACAUCUGGACACAACUGCUGGCUGUACAUUUCAACCACUGAGCUUAACAUGAGGUGUUUAGGAGGUAACUACUGCACUGCCUGUAACUGCUGACUGUGUGAAUGACUUCAUGUCAGAUGCAGCACUAAACAUCAGCGACGUGUGGGCGCAUCGCCAUCAUGUCACUGUUGCGACGUCUGCUUAAAAAAAAAAAAAAAACAUUUUCAGAUCUGUGUUUUAAA